UUUUAUUCUAUCUCCUCGAGUCGUGUGUCCUUGGUGUGUUCUUGAAAGAAACUUACUGUACUCUGAUCAGUUUGAUCUGAGCCUUUCAGCAGAAGAGAAACAAAUAUACAACAAGUGCAAGGUCUUUGCGCCGUUCCACUCCAAAGAAAAGCACAAGGAACUGAUUCCAAAGGUCAUUGAGGAGCACCGGAUUCUCAAAAGAAUCCAGGAUCUUCAGGAAGCCAGAGCUGCUGGUUGUACGACAACUGCAAAAGUUAAUAGAUUUAUAGAAGAGAAGAGAAAGAAGAAAGCUGAAAAAGUUUAUGCGACUAAACCAUGGUGGACAAGGCAGUGUAGCUGGUAA